AUGCCCUUACAAAGGGGCCACAUUCGCGCUGCAGUCUCGGUCCCUGAACGUUCGUGGUUUAUAUUUUCGUUAGGACAUGUACAACGUCAAUCUCAACAGAUUGCUGUCGAAGGCUGCUGUCAUGGUGAACUCGAUGCUAUCUACUCGCACGUCAACCACCUCGAAAAUAGGCACAACUACAAAGUCGAUGCGUUGCUCAUCUGUGGCGAUUUCCAAGCCAUGCGUAACAAAGAAGAUGUGGGGAAUAUGGCUUGUCCGACCAAGUACAAGGUUUUGGGUGGUUUUCAUCGGUAUUACACUGGGCAGAAGAAGGCCCCGAUGUUGACGAUUGUCAUUGGGGGGAACCAUGAAGCUUCGAAUUACAUGUGGGAGCUAUACCAUGGUGGCUGGCUAGCGCCAAACAUCUACUUCCUCGGCCACGCAGGGUGCAUCCAACUCAAUGGUAUUCGAAUCGCUGGUAUAUCCGGGAUAUACAACGAAAAUCAUUACAACCUCGGCAACUACGAACGCCUGCCGUUAGACCCCAGGACAAUGCGAAGUAUCUACCACACGCGGGAAUACAACAUCAAUCGGCUGUCUCUUCUUUCACCCCCGUCGAUUUUCCUCUCCCAUGAUUGGCCCCAAGGAAUCGAACAAUACGGGGACACCGACGGUCUCCUUAAGAAGUCCCCGCAUUUCCAGCACGACAUCCAAGACAACACCCUCGGCUCUCCCCCCCUCUUGCACUUAAUGAAGACGUUGAAACCUGAAUGGUGGUUCUCGGGCCACAUGCACGUCAAGUUCGAGGCAACGUAUCCACAUGAGAAGUCGACUACGAAAUUUCUUGCGUUGGACAAGUGUCUCAAGGGGAGGGAGUUUUUGGAGGUGAUCCAGUUCCCCGUGGCUUCGUGUCCUGUGCCCAACCCGAAGCCAAAGCUAACCCUCUCGUACGACCCAGAGUGGCUCGCGAUAACCCGCGUUUCCAAUCCCUACUUGUCGCGGCGAAAGAUUCAGUGGCCUUUCCCAGGCGCGGACGACGCUAGGCAGAGGGUCGCGAGGGAACUCGAAUGGGUCACUGCAGCAUUUCCUAAGCCGGAGGACUUGGAAGUAGAGAGGGUACAGCAGUUCGUCAAGACUGUUUAUGGCCCGACGGGAAAGGGAUGGGCGCGUCAAGUGAGCCGCGAGGAUGGCAACCCGCAGACUGUUGCAUUUUGUGAGGCGCUGGAGAUUGAGAAUCGUAUUCGGGAUUAGGAUGGGCCUCCACUGCGUCGGAACAGUCCGAUCGAACCUGUCCAAGUUCGACGAUAUCAGAUAUGAGCGCGCAACUUUCUUAUCAGCUGCUUCUCACCAUGUCAUUCCCAAGCCAGCCUAUUGCUGAUUUCCGCUGUAUAUCCAACCUCCACUCCACCCAACACUGUCACAACCCCAACUUCUUCCUCAAACAUUAACUUAUUGCUAUUACUAUCAUAUCGGCUAUCUUGUAUACCCUCCCAUCGCUGUACGCCUAUAAUGCAUGCUUCACCUC